AAUCGUCGUUACACAGGAGAGAAACUCCAUGGAAAGCUUACCUCUGAUAAUAGUGUCUCACCUUCCAGGUGAGCGGGAAAAAGCGAUUCGGCGGGUAUGCCAGCGAAAAACAGUUUACGGUAGUUUCGGAACGAACUGAGUCGAGCGAACAAUUAUGCGCAACGUGUUCAGCACCAGACAAAACAAUCGCAUUUCUUCGAUGCAAUCUUUGUUAUUAUUCGCGUUUAGUGCAAAUCCGUUGAGCUUUAUCUAGAGUUAGAAAAGUAUCUUAGAUAAGGCUACCUGUGAUUUCUGAAACAAAGGUCUGUUCGUGCUGAAACACAUCAGUUCUAGUGUGAAAUCCAAGAUCAAGUUCGCUGGCGAGUGCAUGUCGUUUUUGCACUUCUAGAAAAGGUGCGUUCGCGUUUUUAUCUGAAAAGUAGUUCAAUACCCGUUCCAAGGAAGUGCGUGCAUAUCUUGAACUUAGCGCGCGGUUCAAACCGCUUUGAAGUUCGAGUUCGAGGUGCGGUAGAGUGUCCAAGUGCAUGCUGAGCCAUAGUCCGUGUUUGCCCGUAUCAAGCGUUCAUCACACUCGAGGUGCAUACGAAGAGAAUGUGAUAGAACCCACCGCGUACUAAGUGCGCGCAUAUCGCGAAUUUAUUGAGUGAUAGCCACAAAUAACAAAAAGCCUUAUUCAACCCGAUCUUGCGAGAAUAUUGGAUUACUUCGAAAAACUGUCAUCGUCAGCAGCGACCGCAGUUCUACCGGAUUCCAGACAAGCCUCUCGUUUGUGGCUUUGAUCGCUUUACAGUAAAUGGAAUGUAUCUUUCCGCGCUUCAGUUUAUGACGUGAAAACAUCAGCGACAAAUCAUCGACACAGUUUAUAUGUUUUGGCGGAGGAGUGAAGUGUGAAAGGUGGUCAUUAUCGCGUGUGCGAAUGACUCCGCUAAUUAUGUAUCGUUACUAAUGUGAAAGUUAAAAAGGAAGCAUUUAGCGUAUAUUCUUAGAGUUAGUCCUAACAUAGUUACAACGAAAAGUUCGAUUAAACACUUCGAGGAGAUCUAGAAUUUCAUGGCAAAAUGAUGGAUCCACUAGACUACGAUGGGAUGUUCUCGAGUACAGAUACACCAACAUGGAUGUUGUCGCCGUUUGACCAACAAGAUGCAACUUUUCUUUCAUCUUCACGGCAAAUGUUGGAAACCAUCGUGGAAGAGACAUCCGACGAUGAAGAGAUCCAUCAGAGCUGGUCGCAGUUCGAAAACGUUUGGAGCGAAGAAUCCGAUACUGGUUCAGUAAUACGAAUUGAAUUGCAUAACGAUCAAGAUUCAAUAUCCGAACGAGAUUUCGCCUGCCCACCGAAGCGACCACGUCACGAUGAUCUUCUCGUGGUUGAUGAACUUUCCAUUACGUCCAAUAGUAUACGAAAAUUUCCCCGAAACGAAAACCUACUAAUACCCGAAAUAACCACCGAUAGUCCUGGCUAUCGGGGAAGCAAACGAUUCGACGAACUCUAUUCCGAUUCCGAUACUUUGUCGUACAACUCCCUGAGUCGCUCCUCGUCUCUAAUUCAAUUUGAAUCGUUGGAACGGCAACUGCAGGGGGGCGAUCUUGCUGUGACUGCAGCAUCAGCGAUGGGUCAAUCCUCCCCGUCCUUGGCAACCUAUGAUAAUAGUGGCGACAUGAGAGCGGAGGAAGGGUGCAUAAGAAGAUACGAAAGUUCCGAUGGAAGACUGCAUCAGACUUACUUUGAUCUUGCCAAAAUUGAAUUUAACAACGAUUUGAUCUUUAGAGCGAAGAGCGAUUCAGAGUCCAGCGACAACAGCAUCCUCUCGCAUGAGGAGCGGGUGCUGAAGACAAAGACUGAUGGGACGAGCAACGAGGCCUGCGUGGAAGCUGAACGGGCGAAGGGCGGCCGAUCUGCGAACGACCAAAGGGCAUGCUACAAGGGGAAGAAUUCCGCUGAGAAUUUGAGCGAAGACAGCGGAUACUGCGAAUAUAUCUCGGCGCUGAGGAUCAAGUCCAAAAGUAUUCCGAACUUCCUCAGGUCCAACGAGAAAUUCUGUGAGGAAGACGAAUUCUUUGAGAAUCACAAAAGUCUCGAGAUGAUCUACGACAAUUCCAGGGGCGGGAAUGCCAGGCACGAGGACAUGGAUGCCGCAGACGGGACCGAAAUAGCUGCAAAACAUGAAAAUAAUGUGGAUCUCGGCUGGUAUAAUGGCGACGUUAAAAAUAAAAUGUAUCGAGAGAACAUUUCGUGCUCGUCACCGCGAUCGUCGCCUUCACCGUCUCCUUCACGAUCCACGGCGUCGUCGCCGUCUUCGACCACUUCCUCCUCGUUGUUUCAGCGUGUCUCGAGCAGUCUGCCCAACGUGCGUCUGCAGUUCAACCACGACAAUUCUGACGCGAGAUGCCAGCCCUUCUAUCACGACCGCGAUCACGCAGUUUACGGAUUCAGUGAAAGUGAUAACGACGAGCGCAUUGAUAAGACGGAGUUGCGGGCGGUCGCAAGUGUUCCAAAUAAUUUGUACUUGAACGAGACGGGGUGCGAGGCUGGCAGUUCAGAGCGCGGUAAUAAUGAUCGUGAGUCGUGCGUCCAAUUGCAGGAAGACGAAGACAACGAUUUCAUAUGGAAUCUAAGAUCGCCGAAAUUCGUUCGCUCUCAAAAUAGAUCGUCGGGCGGUAAAAAGUAUCUUACAUCGAAAAAACUAUCUGCAGUAGCAGCAGCCAGCGCGGUAGGGGGAGUGGGUGCUGCCCAGAAUUAUCUGAACGCAAGCUACAAUAACCUGACGCUACUAGAUUAUUCCGGCCAUAGGAGCAGCUUUAAUAUGUCCGAUUACAGCGGAAAUUCGAAAAGGAGUUCAAGGGAAUUCGAUUUGGGCAAAGGGAACUUUCUGCUCGACGAGAUAUCGUCGCAUUUCGAUAAGAAUUUGUCUAUUUUGAGUGGAAGGGAGAGGGACAGUGAUCUUAUCAGUGAGUUCUUGAAGGGGGACAUGGGUGGUAGUCGCGAGCAUGGAGGCCAGAAGGAAGGUCCUGAAAUGCGCAGGAAGAGUGAGGAGAAUUUGUCGUCGGUUGUGUUUAGGAAGCUGAACACUGAAGUCGAACCGCUUCAGCGGAGAAGCCUUGAAACGUUCGAUGUAAGUCCUACCAAUUUGAAAACUGCCUACGCGGAAAGCUUGGAGAGCUGCGACUUCGACUGCGCUGAUAACCGUUCCAAGCUUGAACAUUCCACCCCUAUUAAACGCGGUCUUGUCGCCAGCACCCCUAACCUGAACACGUUCAAAAAUGCUGGUAACACGGGGGAUAUCGAAGAUCAAAUCCUCACCACCUCCAGUGCCCAUAACUCCUUGGCGGCUAUUCCGGGCGAAAGCAAACGCCUAGGGAUCCUGAUUUCAGGACCAGCCGGGUCGCGGAAUUCUCUAGGCAAGGGGGUGAGCUUCUGCCCGUUUGUAUCUGAGAUCAGUUUCCGGGAACAAUCGUCUGAAGAGGCUCCAGAUGAGCCCGACUCCCUCGAGGACUGCUAUGCAACGAACCCCGUCCAAUCUGCAGCGUUGUCAGCUGAUCGCGAUACGGUUGAUCGCCCAGCCUCCGAGCAGAUGGACCACGAGCACAGCCGCGUUGUCAGCGAUCAGACCGCGGCUAAUUCAAGCGAUCGCGUGGGCGUACAGCAAACAGGCGCACAAGUACUCGCGGUAAAUAGCGAAAUUAUCAACAAAAGGCCCUCGAGCGGCGACGGAUCCGAGCAGCAGAGGUUCAGCCACAAUCGCUCCGCAGCCACAAUCAGUAAUGAGUCGAUCGUUGAGGAGUGCGGUCUGGUGAGUGCAGACAGUUGUGAUAGUGGCGGUGAUGGUGGCUUCCACGACGGCGACGAAGAGUGCGAUAUCAACUACGAUAUUCCGAUAACAGUGGAGAUGUUCGCUAGUGAUCAGAUGAGUAGCCAAGUGAAUGUGCCAAGCUCGAAUCUUGAAAAUGAUAACGCUCGUGACCGGAGCCCGAAUAGUGUGAGUGAAUUAGUGGCGAAAAUUAAUAACAAUAAUAACAGCGGUGGCGGCGGUAACAAUAAUUGCGGCAUUGGGGCCAGCAUCAGUACUAACGGUAACGGCAAUCAGUAUCAUCAUCAUCAGCAGCAGCAGCAGCCAGUUGAGCAAUACUCGGAGCAGAGCAAUUACAGAAGCAACCAAAAAAUGCCGAAUUACGAGGUGAACACCGUCAGUGGGGGAAACGGGAACGGGAACACAAAGCCAGCGCCAACAACCGGAACUGACUUAUUAAGCGCGAAAUUCAAACCCAAACCGGAUGAGAAGCGACACAAAAAUGGUUUUCUAUCGCGUUUCGCUGGCGGAUUCCGUUUCUCGCUGCGCCGCAAGAAAAAAUCCGCAGCAGGUGAUAAGAAUACCAAUGAGCAGCCACUGAACUACUCGCAGCAGCAGCAACAACAAAAACAAGGUCAGGUAGCGUCUGCGAAUUCGGCAAACAAAAACCUCAAAUCCUCAUCCGCACCCAAGAACACCCCCGACUAUGUUUACAUACCCUUGAGAGACCCGAGCCCUAAUCGGCAAAUCACCUCGACCGAGAAAACACCACCUGCUGAUGACGAUGUCUUCGAUUCACCCUGCAACAGUGACCAUUCAGCCGAAACGGCCGAUGCAACCCCCGAACGGCAUCUACCCUUCGGUGCCGGAACUAACAACAUUGAUAAGAACCACGUGUUGCUUGUGGGCAAACCACCCCUUCCCAAGCAGCCACCACGUGUAGUUGGGGUUUGCGAAAAGGUGCGCGCAGGUCCGACGGCCCUCUCGCCCGCUCAACAAUACCAGGCCACCCUCAAUAUGUACACAAACGGCGGAGUAAAUAGCUGCCCCGGAGGGAACGGAAGGCAUGCGCAGGUAUUCCGCUCGAAAUCUCAGCCCCGAGAAAUCGAUGAGAGAUUCCUAGACAGCGAACGCAACUUCUACUAUAAUAAUCGUAAUCAGUUAAUCGCGACUAUGAACGGUAACGGUUGCUCUCAUGUCCCUUACGUGUCGGAAAUCACGGAUAGUGAUGGUCAUCCGGUGGAAAACGUUGGUGGCAAGAAGACGGGCAAGGCACAAACCCUCCCGAUGGAUGCUGCAUCUUCGGGUAAAAUUGGUUUGAUCGAAACGAAUCUGGAUACGCAAGAGACGGUUAUCACGGGCAAAACCCGGAGCCUGAUGGAAUUAGGACCGCAACAUCGCGGUCAUCCCGACCGUCAUUUACAUCAUCAUCAUGCACUUCAUAACAGUCAUCAUCACGGCAAUGGUUCGAACGUAAUCGAUGGGGGUGCAACGAAGCGUCCUCAUAAGAGUAUGGAGUUCCUGUUGGAUAAGGAGAAUCAAAAGAAUGUGCUGCCGCCAGAAAAUGAACUUCAAAAAUCCCACGACAAUUCAGCCGCACUCAGCGAACAUCAAUUACGUGUACAAGCCUCUCUUCAACGUCUAAAUAUCCCAGAUUGGUUCCGCCAAUACAAUUCUACCCCCAAAACUGAAACUGGCUAUAAACUUAGCAAUUUCAAUCGAAAACGAGCUUCCGAAUCGGGACGUUGGGCAGGUCUGAAUUCAAAAACAACAUCCCUUAGCUCGUUGGGAUCACAGCGUUCAGAUCGUAGCCCGCUUAUGCUUAGCCCGUCCGCCCAUAGUCAUCAUGGCGGUCAAACAGGAUUCUCCCGAUGGUCUACAUCACAUCUGAAUUCAACACAAACUUCACCGAGCGUAUCUACAAGAGGCUCAUUUUCACGAGGUGCUGUUAUAAAUUCUAGCUUUAUCUCAGGGCAUUCGGUCAGUGGUGCAGUCGUGCGAAAUGCAUAUAGACAACCAUAUCUGGGAUGGAGAAGUCAAGAGAAGUUGGCAUUGGCACAACCCAGGACGCCACAUGAAAGACUUGCAUCUUCAGUCCUUGCGCAGCAACAGCAACAUGAACAGGAGCAGCUACAAAAGCAGCAUCAUCAGAAACACGCGCAGCAAGAACCACCUGUGACGCCUGAAAUACAAUCCUCGAUAAAGGAAGUUACUUCAGCUAUUGUACACUACGUCAACGAUCAAACGAAUCGAACGUCGUCCCGAAGUAGAUCAACAAGCCCGAGCUCAAGAAAAUGUUGGGUUGAAAGCUCAUUUGUCGGAAUAAAACCGGUCGAAUCACCUCAGACUCCAGUUAUUGAAAAUUCCUUCAACGCGAAUGCACAAACGUCAACUGGAGCGGGAGGACAAAAAAGUGGUGCUACAAUGAAUACAUCAACUCAUUCGGGUACGGAUAUAUUACGUAUGAAUGGAGUCGUAUCUGCAGAUUGUUCAUCACCGACUGCCGCCUCGCUUGAAGAUGUCCUAGCAUCCCUGCUUGGAUUGCCAUCUGAUUCCUACAGGUCCACAGGCGAUACAGUUAAUGAUUUGACAAGCGGUGGUCGCUUAUCUACAGUUUCACCUAAUAACUUACAAGUUGACCAACAAAGUCGUUUUCGACGCCGAAGCGAAGGUGAUGCUCAGAGACAACAGCAGCAAAAACAAAACCUGGAAAACGGACAAAACCCAAAUGCUUCGAAUUUGAAUCAAAAUAGUGAUAUGCUUCCCGCUCAAAGUCCCCGACGAGUCAGUCUCGAUUCGAGCGAAUCGAAAACUGCCUCAGAUCUCCUGGUAAGGUGCCGAAAUACUAGGUGCGACCAAAUGGCACUGGCAAGUGAGGCGAAAAAAGCAUACAAAAGUUGCCAUAACUGUUCGCAUCAAUAUUGUUCCCGAGAAUGCAGGCGUGCCCAUUGGGAGAAACACCGGAAGGCGUGUUUACAUUCACGUGUCUCCAACCUAUGCAGACAGGUGCUGUCAUCCUGCAAAGACGACACUGACACAUUGCGUCACUUGAGUUUACUAGCCCGGAAGGGCUACUUUUCGCAAGGACGUGGUGUGGUGCGGAUUCUUUUUCGCAGCCCAGAAAGUGCAGAGGCUUUCAUCAAAAAUGGAUUUCAGUGUCUGGGAGAAGCGUCUUACGUUCGUUGGCCAGAUCUAAUGCCAGCUGAAAUGGGGCUGGAGCUGUACUCAGAACUACUGCGGCUUAGUACCGAGUACAAGCCCGACUCAAAGAUGCUGAUCUAUGUUGCAAUCUGUGUUGUUUCCGAAGCACCGGGAACUGGAACUGCGCCAGUAAAAUGGGAACGCCAAUUAGUCUCGCGAUGUGCCAAAUUAAAACUAUGCAAAACAAUUUUGAACGAAGUUGAUCCUGCCCUUCAACAAAGUGCGCCACCGCAAGAACCAUUCACUGAGAUCCUAAUCCUUACAUUCAACACUCAGAAGAAAACGUCUACAAAAGAUCGUGAAAUUAUUUCCGUGAACAUUCAAACACUUCUCAGCAGACGAGGUGUGUCUUUACGGAAACACUAUCCUGAAAUAUACCAGCGCUUGCAGAACUACGUCGAGGCAAUAACAGAUAAAUUCGCACCAGUAACUAUUCAUCCAAGGGAUUCGCAAACCGGACAAGGAUUCGUGUGUAUUAUUAUGCCUAAUUCAGGAGAAACAGAACUAAGUCGACUUCCGAAAUCGGAUACGGGCAAUCGUGUAAGCACUUUUGAUGUUGGCGAAGAAUUGUUCGAGAGUUGAUUUUCAGCGUAAGCUUGCUCAGUAUAGGCUUUGUGCAAAGAGCUGUGCUAAUUGUGACUGUAAAAGGACUUUUUCAUAGAGAAUGUGUGAAAUUAUGGAUGAAUGUUUAGAUAGGUAGGUGGUAAGUGAUGGGGGAAUAUUUUGGAAAAGUUUUGAAUAUGUUAAGGUAAAUUUAGACUAGUGAUCUCGGUCGUUUUAACUACCGAAAAUUGCGAGAAAGUAGGGACUUUUUUGUAGUUCUCCCGAUUUUAAGGCUUUCUGACAUGUCAUUCAGAAAGACGGUGUACUUGUCUUUUAAAUUACUAAUCUACACCUUUCGUGUUUAAAUGUCCGCAACACACCCUCGGCUUCAUCAUAUUCAAAUUAUAUUAAUCCAUUCCUCGACGGUACUAGGGUGGACUUCAACCAUUACAUUACAAAGACUGCUUUGGUCACACUUUCCUUAUUCAGUCAAGUCUAAAAAGUUAUUUUUUUCAGCCUCAUAUGCAAUAUUUCGCAAGAACAUGUGCAACGAUCUAAACUAUAAACGACUCUAAUUAUCCUUAUAUUAUUAUAUCCUAUGAUAUUUUGGCUUCUCUACAAGUUCGCUUUUUGCUCACAUGUCGCUUGUCAGUUAGACACCAUUUAACCUCCAUAGAUUUUUUUCUUAUUCUAACCGGGGGUGUAAAAUUUCUAAAGGCACUGGUCUAGAAAAGCUACAAUGUGGGAUUUAAACCCACUAAACUGUUUCCAUCUCUAUAGACUCGCCAUAAAGUACAUAAAUGACAGAUCGGGUCUAGCUUACUCUAGGUAGAUUUCGUUCCCUCUUUCAUUACCAGAACUCAUAACUCCUUCCCUCAUUCUCAGCUUAGGAAAUCUGACGGAGGACCAAAUUUGAAACUCUAUCUUGCCAGUGAGGAACUAUCCCCAUAAGAAUGGCUUAUGCUUUACGAAAAAUUGUUUGCCCGCAUCGAGCAAUAUGUGCUCAUAGAUCUGUUCAUCUUCAACAUGUCUUCAAACUUCGUUCUUAUUUGCUGGAUAGAAAGGAUAUCAACCUUCCCAGCUAAGCGCCUUUUGACUUCAUUUACUGGGUUUCCUUAAAGCAAGUGAACCUUGAGCUCAUUCGUAUUCCGCUUAAUAGAGUUUCCGAUCCUAACCUUCGCAGCAUACCUUGUAUUUGUUCUAGGAGAUGGGAUGGACUUCUCAGAAGUCUCCUUCUUUACCCUUUUGUUAAAUGGCAAUUAUUUUUGACGGGAAAAGAGGACCUUCUGUUUGAGGAAUUAUUUUGAGUUUGACGAUGGGUUACCUACAUUAGGUUAUUCUUCAAUUUGUUUAUAGAGAGGGAACCCUUUGCUAAUUAUAAUAGCAGUUUAUUUUGAAUUAUCAUGCAUCCUGUCAGAAGGAGGCAUAUCAUUGAGCUGCUACGAUAUUGUAAUAAGCAGCGCUUCAGGCUCCCAUGUAGCUACACUUUACAAAAACAUAUGUGUGGUAAUGGAUGUAGUAUGCCAGAAUGUGUCUACCAUGCACUACUCGUGCUCUUUCGACGGCCUCUGAGAAGGAAUUCUAUGACUCAGUCUAGACAUUGCACGAAGUGCUACACUUACGAUGGACUCACCUGAUCCCUUGCAAACUCGGUCGGUACAGGAGGGUCUUAAUCACAAGACGCAAAACUCUCGCACCUACAUUCCACCGCCACCACCUGGUCCACAAAUAUGCGGAUCGGAUUACUUUACCAUUUACCCGCAUUUGACUUUGUCCGAAAAUGAUUAAUUCCAGAAGCAGUUGCCAAAUCUCGAUUUCAUAAAUUGCCAGCUCCACUUGAACCACCAGCGCAUCUCGCAAGCACUUGGUCUACGGAAAGACUGGCUCACGUUAUCCACUGUGCUGUUUCGGUCAUGGAGUGUGGCAUUUCCCAGAUAGGCGGACACUAUUUUGAUUACGAUCCAUCCCCUAGGUAGAGUCUCUUACAUGUUCUCCGCUGGUGAGCAAUUUUGCCAAGACGCAAAUAUGCUUUUUAACCAUUAGACGAGUAUUGGAGACACUACCAGGCCGUGGGCAGUGUAAAUUGGAAAGACUUGAAGUCAGUUUGUCUUCUGUGCUUCCAGAUUCUACAUCCGAUUGAAAUUUGAACGGAUUAUUUCUGAGGCCUUUAAGGAGAUCUACGGACAAAAAUGUCCUCGAUAUGUCGAGAAACAAUAAACAUCUCACCAGUUGUACCUAACUACCACCCAAGGCUUUGGAUGAAAAAGCGAUCCGUCCUGGAUCUUCCGCUCCUAUAUCAUGGCAGUUAGGCCUUCAAAUGUUAUAGCUCCGCAAUCGAACCUUAGUACAUUCUUAAGCUGCAUUAGCACAAAUAUAUAUGUAGAAACCUGUGUCGCCGAAACGCCUCCGUUCAGCUGUACUUUGUGGCAAACCUGCGCAGUCAAUUUUCAUGAUGUGAUAAGUCUUCCUUCGUGGUUGACGUUACUCAAUCCGAAUGGACCUUCUGAGUAUCUCGUAGUUCAUGAAGCAUUACAGAUGACCAAUGCUUGUUUCUAAGGCUUUGCAUAUGGUGUGUAGCACCUUUCCCUAAGGUCGCGUUGCGUAGAGCCAUGCGGAGUUCGCUAACUGCCCUGGCAUAACCGCGUUCACGUUUCUACGUUCAGAGAAUAUCUUAGCCAGCGGGCAACGUAUCAGUAUCAGUAUCAUACUAGAGUUUACUGUCCCCCAAGUGGAUGGCGGCAAAAGCGGAGAGAUAAAGUGCAAUGCCCCGCUGGAUACCUCGUGAUUAAGUUUCCAUAAUUUCGAAAUAACGCACGCAACAAACAUCUAUGAUAAAUAAUCUUGUUUAAAUGCAGCUGGAAAUCUUAGGGAGAUAAGCCACCCCCAGGUUGCAGCAAUGUGUGGAAUUCUUAUCCGCUAAAACCAACCCUCUUUUCCUGUUCCCGCAGAAUGACUAUAACAUAUUACGGCGGACCCCUGCAUAUAUCAGUACGUCCUUUUUAGCCACCAACCUGGCUUUCCGGAGUCGGGAUUCCUUUCCUGAUUUCAUCUGGAAGUUCAGAUUGCAAUGUAGUUUGCCCACAUGGCUGACGUUGCAUAAUGUCCUCCUUUCCUCUAUAAACUUUAGACAGUGGAUUAUUGUGCGCUCCGCGGGGUUCGAUGUGUACUUAAGCCAAUCGAGAAACUGAUUUAACCGAAAGUGAAGUAAAUACUUCAGUUAUUUUCCAUAAAUUUUUUCUUUGUGGAUUUAAAGAGUUCCGAGCCUACAUGCAUUUGAUAGCGGAUCACAUUCACGAACAGCCUACGACUGUAUAUUGAUCUACUACUAUCAAUUAACUUUUUUGGAGCCUCAGUUGGCUCAAUUAAAGACAUUUUUACCAUUCCCGCUAAGUAUCUUUCGAACCCCAUCUCAUUUCAAGCUAGACCCAAGACCUUUGCUAUUGUAUCCAAAUCACAUAUAGUCGCUUUUGUAGAUCAGCCGGAAUUGUAUUUCCUGCUCGUGAUGAUCUCCUCUGUCCCUUAAUCCUUUUUUUCUUGUUCACAGAUGUGAUGUCUGCAAUGACACGCUUCAGUUCACUCCAGGAGAUCCCGAGAUGCUUGCACUCCUCCUGCACUGAUCUGCGCCAUAUGCUCGUUGUCCUUUCCACGGCAAAGCGUCGCCAGCAAGAGAGCUGUCACUUUUCACAGACGUGAUGACUACAAUGGCACGCUUCAGCUCACUCCAGGAGAUCCCGAGAUGCUUGCACUCCUCCUGCACUGAUCUGCACCAUGUGCUCGUUGUCCAUUCCACGGCAAGGCGUCGCCAGCAAGAGAGUUGUCACCCUUCCUUAAUGUGUGAACUAUCACUACCACCAAUACCGCCUUCAGAUCAAUACGUACACGGGUAACUGGCCUGUGCGCCAACGAAAUUUUAGUUCGAAUUGUAUCAGGCCAGCUUAUUCGUAUGUUACGUCUUAGACAAAGGUUGACGAAGGGUUGGAGCUUUUGAAUAACAGUGGCCGUCACUUUCCAUGUGCUACUUUCACAUAUCUCUUCAUUUUAGUGCUGCUUCUACAGCGGAUUCCAAUCAGAUCACCUUUGAUUACCGUGGGCCUUUCCAUUGGAUUAUUGCUUACUCAAGAAAUUACCUUUAUAUAAUUUUCGGUGAAAAAAUAAAGGUAAGUGGUUUUGGAGGCGAACGUUCUCUGAGCCUUCACAUCAAAACCCUAGGCCCUCUCCUAUGGUGAUACACGUUCGCUACUAAGCAGAGUUGCAACCAAAUUAAUUUUUUCUUCCUCCUGCGCUUGUCAUUUUUGAAGGCUCUCAUGUAGAAAUCUGUAUUUCAGGUUCAUCAAUCGCUAUCCCUAAAAGCGCCCUAGCCUACACCAUCCUUCCAUCUCAGGCAGGGCCUGCCUCCCAUAGAUAUUGCCCUUACAGAAUUUGCAGGCUGGAUCACCCUCACCUAUACGGAUUAACCUAUUCAGCCGGAUUUUAUCCACAAUUA